UCAGAUUGGAAGCAACCCUAUCCGGUGCAUUGAGCGAGUGUGUGUCACACUUUCAGCUGGUGAGUGCUAGGUUGCUCUCAGCACACCGUUAACCUGCGGAUUCACAUGAAACACGGAUUAUCGGGCAGACACACACGCAAAGGCUCGUUUGCUGUCGUUUCAGACGCUGAUCUCAUCAUUUCUGAGCUUUUUUAGUGUCAAGUGAAGGAAAUUUGGGGAUAAGAUGGCGGAUGUGGCUCCGGCCGGCGUGGAGAAGAGUCUGGAUGACUUCUUCGCAAAGCGCGACAAGAAGAAAAAGAAAGAGAAGGUCAAGGGAAAGGAGCAGGCAACCGGAGGAGCCGUAAUGGUGUUGAAAAAGACGAAAAGGGAGAAGGAGAAGUCGACGAAGAGUGAGAAUCAGGACGCGCAGAUGGAGAAGGAGGACGAGGAAUGGAAGGAAUUUGAGCAGAAGGAGGUGGACUACACUGGACUCAGACUCCAGGCCCUGCAGAUGAGUGAUGAGAAGGAGGAGGAAGAGUAUGAGAAGGAGGAAGUGGGCGAGGAUGGUGAGAUCAUCCUGGUCAGUGGUGAUAAAGUCUCUGGACCCUGGAAUAAAUCCGGCGCCCCCCCUUCAGCUGCUCCGGUCGAGGAAGUUGAGGUUCCUGAGCCCAAGGCACCUGGCGUGUAUCGUCCCCCAGGGGCCCGGUUAACCUCUACUAAAAGAGGCCCAACUCAAGGGCCUCCAGAGAUCUUCAACGACGCCCAGUUCCCCUCUCUCCUCUCCACCGCCAGACACGUGGAGACUCGCAAGGACCGAGAGAUGGAGAAGACUUUUGAGGUGGUCAAGCACAAGAGCCGGGUCAGAGAAGGGGAAGGCCAGGGGUCCAUGCAGCAGUUACAGUUAGAUAAUCAGUACGCCAUCCUGGGGGACAAAUAAAAGCCAUCUCCCCCUCCCCCCUCCAAGCCUACCGCCAGUGGUACAGUAAGACUCGCAGGGGGAACAUGACCUGCAGCUGUCUGAUGCAGUCCUGACUGAGCUGGAGACGCCUGUGCCCUUCCACACACACACACACACACACACACACACACACACACACACUUAAAAUCCUUGUCAAGCAACAUCCACAAAUGAACGUAUUUUGACACAUUUAGCCAUUGAAAUCCUCUUACACACACACACACACACACACACACACACACACACACACACACACACACACACACACACAGGGCUGAUAAAGGCCCUCCCUUAUCAACUGCAUUCAGACGGGCUGCAGCAACAGGAACUGACUGAAAUUUCAAAUUCUGCUUUAUAUGACACCAAGUUCACCAAGACGUAUGAUACUGCAUCAAACGAACAAGGCACCAAAUGUUUAUUUCGGUGGAUUUCCUCAUGGGGUUGGUUGGCCGGCAGAGCCACUGGACAUCGGCCAACCCUGAGAAAAUGAGAAAAGCCACUUUGAGGAUGGAGUUCAAGACAUUGUGUGAGAAUUUAAAAAAAAAAGAAAAAAAAGAAUGCUGAGGUUUUUUUUUUUUUUUUUCAUCUUUGCUACAUCAGUAUAGCUCCUGAACCAUUUGAUUUUUUUUUUUUUCUUGCAUUGUGAUGACAAAGCUGGGAGUUUUCGGUUUGGGCACUAGAGGGGAGACUACCUCAGUUGCAUAUCUGUGGUUAUCAUGUCGACCAGGUCCUGGACUCUGAUUGGCUGCAGGAAUUAACACCAGUCCAGCCAAAGAGGAGCGUUUCAACCUUAAACUUGAAAAUUAUAUUUUUCUCUCCCCUUGUCAGGUCUUCAAAUUAAUUUUUUAAAGUGGCCUUAAUGUUGAAAAAAUUCAAAUACAAAAGUGGUGGGGGAGAUAUAUAAAUAUAUUUAGAGAAUGCGUUCUGGAAGGCACUUCCUUGUCGUGUUGCAGGUAAAGCCUGUUUGAUUUGAUUCUUACCACUCUUAGUAAAAAAAAAAAAAAAAACCACCGUAACCCUCUGAGAAUGUAGUUCUGCGCUAGUUUGUCUACAUAUUGCGAAUAAUGGAUGUUCUCUAACAAUGUCCCUUUAACCUUUUCAUCCAUGUUCCUCUCCUCAUUUUAUUUGAUUCCAUGAUGAUUGACAAAACAUUAAAGUUUAACCUUUCUAAUCUCA